CGGCAUGGCGGCUGCGGCGGAGCGAGCCUCCUAUAGGUUCGCGGUGCUGUUCUUCAACUGCCUCCUCACCUUCGGCUCCUACUUGUGCUUCGACAUCCCCAGCGUCCUGCAGGAGCAGUUCCAGGGGAAUCUGACCUGCCCCAAUAGAACCCAUUCCAACAGGACUGAGCAGAACAGCACACUGGACUGUGUUGAAGGCUUGGGAAUGACACCUGCACAGUACAAUUUGCUGUAUGCCAUCUAUGCCUGGACAAAUGCAGCAGUGGUUAUUCUGGCUGGAUUCCUGAUUGAUAAACUGGGAAAUCGCUUUGGUGUCUUUGUUUUCUCUCUUCUGACUGUGCUGGGAUCAUCAAUCUUUGCUCUAGGCUCACACUUCAAGGGAUCACCAUACCUCCUGCCGAUGAUGCUAACAGGAAGACUGCUCUUUGGCUCUGGGAAUGGAUCACUUACUAUUGCACAGAAUCGUAUCACAGCCUUCUGGUUCAAGGGGAAGGAACUGGCACUGGCAUUUGGCCUGACUCUGUCUUUCUCUCGUCUUGGGAGUGUCCUCAACUUCUUCUUCACCCAGCAGUUUGAGGCAAACUUUGGAAUGCAGUGGACACUCUGGGGAGGUACCCUGCUCUGUGUGCUCGGGUUUGUUUCAGCCCUUGCAGUCAGUGCACUGGAUAAAGUGGGCACGAAGCAGCUGGGCUUGGAUGGGGUUAUCCAGCAGGAAUCAAAAAAAGUGCACAUCCAGGACAUCCGGCGCCUCCCCCUUCAUUACUGGCUCCUGGUUCUCACAAUCAUGUUCUUCUACAAUGGAGUCUUCCCCUUCGUGGCAGAUGCCAGCAAGUUUAUCCAGGAUAAAUAUUCUGGUUACAGUCAGCAGGCAGCUGCUUACAUUGCUGGGGCCGUGUACGACAGCUCCCUCGUUCUUUCUGCAGUAGUUGGCAUAUUAAUUGACUAUGUUGGACUGAGAGGGUUCUUUGCUGUUGGCUGUGCUGUACUGACUCUGCCAGUCUUCAGUCUCCUGGCAUUUACAUUUGUUCCUCCUCUGGUCUCCACCAUCUGGCUGGGGAUCACUUACUCCUUUGCUGCUGCUAGUAUGUGGCCAUCCAUACCUCUUGUGGUCCCCCAAGCAACUCUGGGGACUGCUAUGGGGCUUGCAACUUCUGUGCAGAUGAUUGGAGUUGGCCUUUCAAAUCUGAUUGUUGGACACAUUCUAGGAACAACCUCCAGUGAAUUAAAGAUCCCCCUGUGGCGUUGGCAACAGAUGAUGAUCUUUAUGUUGGCAAACACUGUUGCAUGCAUUGUUGCCUCCAUCAGUCUCAACAUAGUGGACAAGAGACAGGGUGGGAUGCUGAACAAAGUAAGAAAAGGAGCACCUGUGGAGCAGGAGGACAGAGACCCUGUGGGUACAGCACCACUCCUUGAUGAGGACACCGGGAAUGAAGGCUCUGUCAGCUGAGCUCACCCUGACCCUGUGGGAACAAGGGCUGCAGCACUGGUCACUUCUGCUCAGAAAUGGAUUUUUAGCCUCUGUAUUUAAAAUAUCUUCAAAGGAAAUAAUGAAGAGAAUUGUCUACAGGAAGGGAACAUUUUCACUCUCUUCUGCCUGGCACACAAGUGAAAGGUGGCUGCUGUGUGGUUCUUAGGCAUUCUCCAGCAUACAGAAACCUGCACAGGGCACUUUAAGAACUUCAGUGCAGUACAGGGAACUGACUCAGCUGAAGCUUGUUCAUAAGCCAUUAGGUAGCUUUCACUCUUGUAUCAAAACAUCAAGCCUAAGGUGUGCCUGCCUGCUCUACCACUGUUUCUCCCCACAAGAAUCCUGUGCAUCAGCACUUGCUAUCCCACAUACCCUGGCAGGCCUGUGUGCUUCGGCCCUACAUUAAUGUGAAUCUUUCACUAAUUACACACCCAGGCAGGUGACACCAUCAUUUUCUUUAGGCAGGAGCCUGAAUUAAUCAAACUGAUUACCUUUGGCACAGGAGCCUAGCUUAAGUGCUUAUUGCCUUACCAGAAAUGCUUCUGUAAGCCAUACCCCAGGCAUUUGGAUUCAAAGGGGUAGAAGGUUCUGAUCUGAAAUUGUGUCCUUCAAACCAGGGUUCUCUUACUCCUGAAUGCUAGAUGAUUAUUUUCCUCAGCCAGCUCUCACUAUGCAGAACACUCAUCAACACAGUGUUUACAAAAGCACAAAGGAUGCUUUAAGAAUGAAGUAAACUUCAGCACAGCCAAGCACAGGGAAUGCUGAAGUGAAUGACUUCUGUAAAUGACUGCAAACUCUCAGAGCAGCCCUUCUCAAGUUGCAGUCAAAAUAAAUACUACUGGAUUGAAAGCAAUCUGUGUACAGACAGCAGCUGGUAAAAUAACAUUUUAAGUAGAUGUCACAGAAGACAAAUGCACACAUCAAAGCACAGUUUUCUUAAACUGAGUUACAGAAAAGAAUGUGGUCAGAGAGCAAGGUCUUCUCAGUUUUAAGUCACACACUGAGUUCAUUUCACACCUCUGACAAUUAAAGCAUUUCCCUGAUUGAACCUGGGGUGCAGCAGAAAUUUGGGAGGGGAGGGUUGUGAGAAGUCACAGAACUGCAAAACCACAGACUCCUUUAGUUGCAACCUCCUGAGGUCACCUGGCCCAACAUUCCAGCUCUCCCAGGGUCAGACAGAACAAGCUGUUCACACCUUCAUCUAGUCAGACUUUGAGCCUCUCCACAGAGGGAGACUCUGCAACUUCUCUGUGCAACUUGUCCUGGUGUUUGACCACC